GCAGUAUUCAAUCCAAGGAGCAGCCUGGGAACGAGGACAGGCGGAGUGGUUAUCACCGGCAAGCUCUCCUUUAUUGUGAUUUUCACCGGUUCCGCGGCCAUUUUAUUAGAUGAUGGUGAAUGUACUGUUCAUCGCCAUCAUCCUCAAGGAAUUUGUCUAGGCUCUCCAACAACGAGGCUAAAUUUUCUUCGUAUGGACCAUUAUUGUCCGGAAUAUUAUUAUUCAGUGGUUCGUCCUCUUCUGGGUCCAUCAAACGUCCGAUUGCUUCGUAAAUGGCUUCUUCAAUGUCAGGUCGUCCGGGAUUUGCCGUAGAAGUUAGGAACGGGCUAUUUAAUUGUGUCUCCGGUGGAUUAGUGGUUUUGCACCUCAAUCCGACAUCACAGGACAACUACUUACUAUUGAGUGUUACUCUUCAACAUGACGUCCUAGGAAGACCAUUCGUGCAUCAGAUUUAUUUACUCACAUUUGAUUGUGUGUUCGAUACACUGUACCUACUUGCCGUAUUCUUGCAAUCCGAGGAGCGCUGCAUUGGUAAGUUUAUAAUUAAAUUAUAUUAUUCGGUUAAAUAUUUUAUCACAUUUCACCUGCGUCUUGCAAUAGCCCACGAAUUAGGGGGGCCGUAUAAAUUUCACAUAAUGGUUAUAUGGAAACCGGAUCAUAUUGCGGAAAGCCUUUGUAAAAUGGGUUUAGCUAGCUUUUAUAGAGAAUUGUCCAUAGAUUAAGACUCUGCGAUUCGUUCCUUUUAUCUCUUUUACUCUACGAGAUAUUCGCAAUUAAUAUAAAUUGUCAAAAAUUGAAAAAUGUCCAUUUUAGCACUUUCCUUCGCGAUUAUAGACCUGCUACCCUAUUAAAUUAAAUUAUUUUAUAUUAUCUGAUAGAGAAUUUUCCAAUCUUCCAGGUUCAAUUUUAG